AUGGACGACUCACCCACCCAGAGCAGCGCUGCAUCAAUCAGCGGCAGGUCAACUCGCAGCGCGCAAAGCAGUUUCAUUGAAGAAAUCAAACAUGAGAUCAUGGUCAAUCAUCUCUAUCAACAGCAAUGCUCCCACCUUUGGGUCAGCGAUGGCUGCGGACAAUGUGAAGGAGUCUUAGUACGAAAGUCCAGGGGCCAUUACCUCGCGUGUCCGCAGGAACUUCUAGAUUCCCACUUUGCGCAAGUGUGCGCUCAACUAAAUGUACAGGUGGCCAUGACCGUCAACUCAAGAGUCAUCAAAACUUUCCUCGCCUGGGCCCCUGAUGCAACUGACGUGCCUCUGAUGAAUGGCCUUCGAGUCCAAAUCUUGCCCACAAUUGGCCACCUUACUCGGGCCCGGAAACACCAGUUUGCUGCCUUCAUCGCAUCUGAAUCCCUGCUGGUGGUGUGGGAUGAUGAUCCGUCCAACGUCGUGAAAAGAGCAACUACCAUUGAGGCACAACUGAUGGAGCUGGUCUGGCACAGCGGCGAGGCUGGGGAUGACGAUAAUACCUACAACGAGAAAGACGGCGGUGCCCAGGGUACGAUCGAUACCGAGUCUGGGGCAGCGCCAGAUUUACGGCCUACCAACUUGAUGAACACCGUCCUCGUCGCGUUCACCUUGGUUAUCGUCGUUGUGUUGCUUGGUCUAGCCUGCCGCUCCUUGGCCACGGAAAUUGCUGUCGACGGCUCUUGUCUCCGGCUGGCUUUUCUCUCUUUGGUACCAGUGCAAAUAUUUUUCACACUGUUCUUCGCCCAAGUCAUCGUCGGCUGCAUUGCACAAUGCAUUGGCCCAGUGCGGCAGAUGCAGCUCAACUCGAAAUACUUCUCGGCCAAAUGCUCGCCUCGCCUGCGGACGACAGAGCUGCCGCAUGUGACCGUUCAAUGCCCCGUGUACAAAGAGGGGCUUGCCUCUGUCAUCGCCCCCACGGUCAAAUCAAUCAAACAAGCCAUUUCGACUUACGAGUUACAGGGUGGCACGGCCAACAUGUUGAUCAACGAUGAUGGGCUGCAGAUCAUUGACGAAGAAGAGCGAAAAGCGCGCAUCGAGUUCUACCACGAUCACAGCAUUGGUUGGACUGCCCGGCCCAAGCAUAAUAGUGAUGGUUUCGUGCGUCGUGGGAAGUUCAAAAAGGCUUCCAACAUGAACUACGGCCUCAUGCUGUCCUGCAAGGUCGAAGACAAACUCCAACGGUAUCAUCGCGCGUCGGCCUGGACUCAGAAUGAUGAAUCAGACGCGUACGAUACAUGCUUGCAAGAAGUCCUGACGGACAAUCCGCGUGCGUGGGCUGACGGCAACAUCCGGAUCGGCGACUAUAUCUUGCUCAUCGACAGCGACACACGCGUGCCCGCGGACUGUCUUCUCGAUGCCGUGAGCGAAAUGGAACAGUCGCCCGACGUGGGCAUCAUGCAAUUUGCCUCGGGCGUGAUGCAGGUGGUACACACCUUCUUCGAGAACGGCAUCACAUUUUUCACCAACCUGAUCUACACGGCGAUCGAGUACACUGUCGCCAACGGUGACGUCGCCCCGUUCGUCGGCCACAACGCCAUCCUGCGCUGGAGCGCCAUCCAGCAGGUCUCGUAUACCGACGAAGAUGGGUACGAGAAGUUCUGGUCCGAGUCCCACGUCAGCGAGGACUUCGACAUGUCACUCCGGCUGCAGUGCGACGGGUACAUCAUCCGUCUUGCAUCCUGGGCACACGGCGGCUUCAAAGAAGGCGUCAGCUUGACCGUGUACGACGAGCUGGCCCGGUGGGAGAAAUACGCCUACGGCUGCAACGAGCUGCUGUUCCACCCAAUGCGAAAAUGGAUCUACAGGGGCCCCUUUACCGAGUUGUUUCGACGGUUUCUAUUCUCCAACAUCCGCUUCACCUCCAAGAUCACCAUCAUCAGUUACAUCGGCACGUACUACGCGAUUGGCGCGGCCUGGAUCAUGACGCUCGCCAACUAUUUCGCCAUCGGUUGGUUCAACGGGUACCUCGACAAAUACUACAUUGACAGCUGGAAAGUGUGGUUCAGCAUUGUCAUCGUCUUCAACGGCCUCGGCAACAUCGCCCUCGCCAUCAUGCGCUACCGCAUCGGCCAGAAAUCCUUUGUGCCGGCGUUGCUCGAGAACUUCAAGUGGAUCCUGAUGCUGUCGAUUUUCUUGGGCGGCUUGUCCCUGCACGUGUCUCAGGCCUUGCUCGCCCACAUGUUCGAGAUCGAUAUGAGCUGGGGUGCCACGAGUAAGGAAGCCGAAUUCUCCAACUUCUUCAUCGAGGUGCCCAAGGUCAUCCGCAAGUUCAAGUUCAGCAUCGCCUUUGCCAUUGUCGGCAUCGGCGCCAUGAUUGUCCUGGCCACCAACCCUGGCGGCUUCAUUCCUUAUGACUGGCUCAUCAAGGACUUCAUUGCCAUUCUACCCAUGAGCACCGUCACAUCCAGCCACUUGCUGUUGCCGAUUGUCUUGAAUCCGGCUCUGAUGACUUUCUCAUGGUGA